ACUCUUUUAAACCUACCGCAAACAUAAGGGGUAGUAUUUGUCAUUUUCUCCAUUCCUUCAGCUAUAGGUUGGUGCUCGCUGACACACCUAGAAGAAGCGUAAUUUCCAUGGCUGCUCGCUCCAUUUUCGUCACUCUCACAAGAAAAGCUGGUGGCAGAGAAAGGAGUCUAUUCAGAUCUUUUAGUUCAACAACUGAAGUUGUCUAUGAAGACUCCUCCUCUAACUCUGGGGAGGAAGAAAAGGGUGAAACGGGAGAUGAUUUAAAGAGCAGAAUAUUCAGUCUUAGAGUGCCCAAAAGAAGCGCCACCAACGUGCUUCAGAAAUGGGUCACUGAAGGCCGACAACUCUCCAUCUCUGACCUCCGUCACAUCUCCAAACAACUCCGCAACUCACGCAGAUUCAAGCACGCCCUCGAGAUCUCAGAAUGGCUGGUUUACCACAAUCAGGAUGAAGCAUUGGACUCCGACUAUGCCACCCGCAUUGACUUGAUGACCAAAGUUUUUGGAAUUGAUUCUGCUGAACGCUAUUUUGAAGGACUUCCCACCACUGUAAAAACUACUGAAACAUAUACUGCUCUCCUCCACUCCUAUGCUAGUUUGAGAUUAACUGACAAAGCUGAGGACCUGUUUGAAAGAAUGAAAGAAGCAAAUAUUUCUCUGAGCACCAUCACUUAUAAUGAGAUGAUGACUUUGUACAUGUCUGUUGGACAGCUAGAAAAAGUACCUCUUAUUGUUGAGGAGAUGAAACUUCAAAAGGUUGCACCUGACCUAUUUACUUAUAAUCUGUGGGUAAGUUCAUGUGCUGCAGCUCUAAACAUUGAUGAGGUGAGACGGAUUCUUGAUGAAAUAAGUCUUGGCUGUGACUCUGGUGAACAUUGGUUAAGAUAUAGGAAUCUUGUUAAAAUAUAUAUCACCUCAGGUAACCUUGUAAACUCAGGAUCGAACUCUGUAGUUGAAUCUGAGAAGGGUAUCACACAAAGAGAAUGGAUAUCAUAUGACUUUCUUAUUAUUCUCUAUGGUGCAUUGGGAAAUAAAGACAAGCUUGAUCAAAUUUGGAAAUCCUUACGGAUGACUAAUCAAAAAAUGACUAGCAGAAAUUAUGUUUGCAUACUCUCCUCAUAUCUCAUGCUUGGACAUAUGAAGGAAGUUGGAGAAAUUAUUGAUCAGUGGAAGCAAUCUGCUGCGACAGAUUUUGAUAGCUCAAGCUGCAAUAGACUUCUAAAGGCUUAUAGCGAAGUUGAGUUGGAAGAGAGAGCUGCAGCUUUCCAAUUGCUUCUAAUUCAGAAAGGCUGUGACCUUAUAGAUGAAUCACAGUAGCAUGACCAUGAGAUCAAACAUAUUAAUUUGAGAAUGCUUGCAAGCAUUUGUAUGCAGCAGCAUAGAGAGACAAUAAUCAUGGCUGAAAGAGUUGUACUUUUUUCUAUACCAAUUAAUCUUGGCUUCUAGAUAAAUUGGCAGUUCAUUGUAGGCGAUUUGCUGUUGGGUUGCGCCUUUAGGAGACUGGUUCAUAAAAGUUCUGCAAUUAUUCUUGACUUGUUUAGUCUAUUUAGCCAGACUUGUGUAUUUAUUUGGAAUAACUGACCUGAUGGGCAUCCUUACUAAGUGAUUGUGUAGUUUGCUCUUGGUUCAAACAUACUAAUAUGAAUUCCAUAUUGUUGAAACUCUU